GAACUAGUUCAAGUUCAAGCACGCCUCUAAUCACACUAUUUUAUUUUUAAGGAACCCAACCCAAAACUCCGCUAUCUCCACAAAACCAUGACUCGUGUGUGUUGUUCCUUUCCACACUUUCUCCUUCUCAUUCUCCUUUUCGUUUUCUCGUCCUUCUUGUCCUCCUCUGCUUCUUCCGACACCUCUGAACUCUUCGAAACCUGGUGUAAGGAACAUGGCAAAACAUACUCUUCUGAACAAGAGAAACACCACAGGUUCAGAGUGUUUGAGGAUAACUAUGCCUUUGUGGUCCAACAUAAUCAAAUUGGGAACUCCAGUUUCACCCUUUCGCUAAACACUUUCGCUGAUCUCACCCACCAUGAGUUCAAAGCCACUCGUCUUGGCCUUCCCACUUCACUGCUUAGAUUCAAACAUGCCCAGAAUCAACAAGGCUAUGAUUAUGUUGAUGAGUACAACGAGGUUCCUUCUGAGAUUGAUUGGAGAAAGAGUGGUGCUGUUACUGCUGUCAAAGACCAAGGAAGCUGUGGUGCUUGUUGGUCCUUCUCAGCUACCGGCGCUAUUGAAGGUAUAAAUAAGAUUGUCACAGGUUCUCUUCUAAGUCUUUCAGAACAAGAACUAGUAGAUUGUGAUACAAGCUAUAAUGACGGUUGUAAUGGAGGACUCAUGGACUAUGCAUACCAAUUUGUUAUUGAUAACCAAGGGAUUGAUACUGAGGAAGAUUAUCCAUAUCAAGCUCAUCAACGGCCGUGCAAUAAAAACAAGUUAAAAAGACGCGUUGUUACAAUUGACGGUUAUAUUGACGUUCCCUCAAAUGAUGAGAAAAAGCUACUAAAGGUUGUUGCAUCCCAGCCUGUCAGUGUAGGCAUAUGUGGUAGUGAAAGGGCUUUUCAGUUAUACUCAAAGGGUAUCUUCACCGGACCAUGUUCAACUUCUUUGGAUCAUGCCGUGUUGAUUGUAGGAUAUGGUUCUGAAAAUGGAGUAGAUUAUUGGAUUUUGAAGAACUCAUGGGGAACUCGUUGGGGAAUGAACGGUUACAUUUACAUGCAACGAAACACUGAGAAUUCUGCAGGGCUAUGUGGAAUCAACAUGUUAGCUUCAUAUCCAACCAAGACGAGCCCUAAUCCUCCCUCCCCAUCGCCCCCAAAUCCCACAAAGUGUAAUCUAUUUACUUACUGUUCAGCAGGGGAAACAUGUUGUUGUGCUAAGAGCCUUCUUGGAGUAAUAUGUUUAAAGUGGAAAUGCUGUGGAUUAACUUCUGCUGUGUGUUGUAAGGACAAGCGCAGCUGUUGCCCUCAAGAUUAUCCUGUUUGUGAUACAAGAAGGGGUCAAUGUCUUAAGAAAGUUGCAAAUGGGACGAUCACAAUGGCAUCUGAUAGCAAAGACCCUUUCCAUCAGCCCAGAGGUUGGAAAUCUCAAUGAGGAUAUUAUGUUUUAUAUAAUCCAUUUGUGUUGUGAAGUCUUGUGGACUGUUGGUAUUAUGUUUGUAUUACUGAGCCAUUCUAUUUCUAGAAGCCAACUAUGGUUAGAAAGGAAACAAAUUAUAUUGGAUUGUGUAGGGAAAUUGAUAGGGUAGAGAAUACACGAAUAAUCCGAAUGUAAUGCCAGGGAGAAUACAUUUAUGUUUUGGUAUGUAUUCCUCCCUUUUCCCAUAUAGUUAUAUCGUGUUGUCUCAUGAAGACAAUUCUUGUAAUGGAAAAUUAUAUGUAUGAAACUAUUUUACAUGAUAUGGUACGAAUUUUUAAUUA